AUGCCAGAAGACGGCCCGAGGAUCGACGUGCGACGGGAGGGCGCCGUGCUGGGCAGCGUCGCGCUGAGCGGGGCCAAGCGCCGGUGGCUCAUCGGCCGCUCGCUCGACGCGGACCUCGUCGUCAACCAUCCUAGCGUCUCGCGCUUGCACGCGGCGAUCACCGAGGAGGGCGGCGCGUUCUUCGUGACUGACCUGGGCUCAGCGCACGGCACCAAGGUCGCUGGCACGCCGCUCGCGCCGCAGCAGCCCUUCCGCCUCUUCGACGGCCUGCCAAUCACGGUUGGCGGCGCGACGCGCACUCUCGUCCCCGUCGGCACCGUCGCGGCGCUCGGCGCUGCUGAGGCGGAGGACGAGGCCCUGCGCGCCCUCUUCCCGAUGCAGCUCGGCAAGCAAAAAGAAAGCCUCACCGUGGAGGCCGGCGGCGGCGGCAAGAAGGGCAAGAAGGGCAAGAAGGGCAUGCAGAUGGCGUCCACGCUCGGCACCGGCCUCAACGUCGCCGCCGCCUCCCCCACCCUCGUCCAGCUGCGCGAGACCUCAGCCAGCAGGUCUUCGAUGAGGACGCCCCUUCGGCUCGUGCUGUCGGCGCACGCGAAGACGGUGACAUGCCUCGCGCUCGACCGCGCGGGCAACCGGCUCGUCACGGGCGGGUCGGACUCGGACCUCUACUUUUGGGACUACGCCGGCAUGACGCGAGAGCUGAGGCCGUUCCGGCACAUCGCCGAGCCGCUGGGCGCGUACCAGGUUCGCUCGAUCUCCUACUCCCCAAACUGCGACCGCGUCGCGGUGGCGGGCUCGUCCAACCAGCCGGUCAUCCUCGACCGCGACGGGCGCAAGCUCGCAACGAUGAUGAAAGGCGACAUGUACAUCCGCGACAUGCGGCACACGCGCGGACACGUCGCGGCGUGCACGGCUGCGGCGUGGCACCCCUCGGAGCACGAGACGCUGGCGACGGCGUCGGAGGACGGCACUGUGAGGCUGUGGGACGUGGAGGUCGCCGCCGCGCGUGGCAACGACGCCUCCUCGCUCAACGUGCAGAGCGGCCAGCGGGCGGUCUACGUGCUGCGCGACGCCAAGGGCGUCAAGACGCCGUGCACCGCCGCCUCGUGGGCCCCCGACGGCAGCGCGAUCCUGUCGGCCGGCCGCGACGGCUCGAUCCAGCUGUGGGAGAUGCGCGCCAAGCCGUAUCAGCCCGUGCAGCUGGCGAUGCGCGCCACGCCGCGCUCCGAGUACAUCGCAGACAUCAGCAAGCCGACGUCUGCGGCGCGCGCGGCCCAUGCGGCGGGAGAGGACAUCUCGAGCCUCACCUGGCGGAGGGACGGCGUCACGUUCGCCUCCCGCUCGACGGAUGGGUGCCUCAAGCUGUGGGACACGCGGCGGCUCGACGCGCCCCUCGCCGCGUGGGGCGACUUGCCUGCGCUGCUGCCGAUGACCGGAUGCGACUUCUCGCCCGACGGCUCGGUGGUGGUCACGGGCACGUCCGUCAAGCGCGGCUCGGGCGCCAAGCCGACGCUCGCCUUCUUCUCGACGCGCACGCUGAGCCGGAUCGCGACGCUGGAGGUUGACGGCGCGAGCGUGGUGCCUCUGCUGUGGCACCCGCGGCUCAACCAGAUCGUGAUCGGAAACGCCGACGGCAAGGCGUACACGCUGUACGACCCGACCGUCUCCGAGAAGGGCGCUCUCUUCUGCUCCGUCAAGGCGGCGCCCAAGCGAGGGAUGCUCUCCUACUCGGGGGAGGGCUUCUCAAAGGCGAUGCAGAUCAUCACGCCGCACGCGCUGCCAAUGUACCGCGAGGAGAACGACGACCACCGCAAGAAGCGCCAGAAGGACCGCGCGGACCCGCUCAAGUCGCGCAAGCCGGAGCAGGUGCUGACCGGUCCGGGCCACAACGGCAAGCUCAGCGUCGGCUACCAGCAGGCGCUGCUCGCGACCAUGUCUGGAGGCACGUCCGGCCUCACCGGCACAAAGGACAAGAUCGCCGCCUUCCAGAACGAGGACCCGCGCGAGGAGCUGCUCAAGUACGCAAAGAUCGCCGAGGAGCAGCCGCUGUACGUCACGCCCGCCUACUCUCACAACCAGCCGACCGGCGCCGACCCGACGGCGGGCACGUACCCCAAAUUCGCAAAGACGGUGGAGCCGGAGGAGGAGGGCGAGGACGAGGACUGAGAGCCCGCUCGCUCUCACUGUCUGAACUGCCUAGACACGGCCGCCAAAGGCCAGUCACAGUUCGAAAGAAAGUACAACCCAAAAGAGGGAUGGG